GGGUUGCUCGUAGCUGCCUUGGUGGAGUGCGCAGUUGGGGGGGUUGUUGCCAUUCGCGUGGAAUAUUCUAGAGUUCCACGUCGAUUAUGAUUAUUGUUUCACUGUUCGUCAACAACUGCCGUGCCCUCCUCGCCGUGCUCUUCGCGUUAUGGAUAUUCCUUGUCCCGAAGUCUGAAACAAUUAUCGCGAGCGUGUUUGUUGUAGCGUUUGUCGACACUGUGCUGUAUUGGCGAUCUGAAAAGAAUAAGAAGUUCAUCUCUUUGCUCCCUGUUCCCAUCAUUGUUGUGGCAUCAACUCUGGUGUUUGGAUGUAUUGCAAUCAUCUUUGGUGCUCCACUGCUCAGUGAUAUCGAGAACACUCUGCUGUUUGGUCUUCUGCUGUCGGCGCUCGCCGUCUACCCGACCGCACUGACAUCUGGAGGCAGCGUGACGAAGAUCGUCGAUAGUUUCGUUGAUUUCGUGGGCGAGUCACCGCGGCAGCAGCAGCAGCUGUCCGCGGCAGCUGGUGCCCUGGUGGGGGCCUGGCUCGGCGCCUUCGUCAUCCCGCUGGACUGGGACCGACCUUGGCAGGUGUGGCCGGUGCCGUGCUGCGCCGGCGCUCAGUUGGGCUCCGCGGUCGGCCGCCUCGCCGCCUCGCGCAUUUGUCCGGCGGCAGCCGACUGUAAGCUGGAGUGAGGCGACACCAUGCUGUCGCUGCUGCGCCGCGGCUGGGCCUGGCUGCUGCACAAGUACCGCAUGUACGAGCUCAACACGUCCGUGGCGCUGCUGGAGCCCAACGAGAAGGUGGCUUUCCACAGCUUCCUGGUCUUCAUCCUGUCCAUGAUGGUGUACUCGACGUACGUCUAUCUGCCCCACUACACCAUGGUGCUGUUGUCGCGGUUCGGCCUGGUGGCGCCAGCCACCGACUGACGCCGACCGCCGCACCGCCACUCCGUGUCGACGGUGCACCGCCCGCGCGGACAGUUCCAAAUUAUCUGUUACGUAUACUACGGUGUGGUAGCGCUGGCCGCGGCCGUGUACUGGACACUCGCCGGCGUGCUGCUGUUCAAGUACUGGCACUCGGCGGCGCAGCAUGGCCUCGACUGAGCCGACGCCGGCCAAGGUGCUGACCAAGAGCCAGAUGAAG